AUGAAACUGGAGCCAGCCUCUUUAUUACAAACGAGUCGUGGAUUGCAUUGGGGAGGGGGGCGGUCUGUGGAUGUUUUACACGAGCGGAAAGCCGAGAAUAACCACUUGCAAGACUCAGUGGCCAUUGAGGAUGUGGCUGUGAACUUCAUUCUGGAGGAGUGGGCUUUACUGGAUCCUUCACAGAGGAAACUCUACAGAGAUGUGAUGCAGGAAACCUUGAGGAACCUGGCCUCAGUAGGAACAAAACAAAAAGAUCAUGACAUUGAAGAUCAGUACAAAAAUCAGGGGAGAGAAUUAAGUUCUCUUCCAACACAUGAAAGGACUCACACUGGAGAGAAACCCUAUGAAUGUAAACAGCGUGGAAAAACCUUUCUAUAUCAAAAAACCUUCCAAACACACAAAAGAAGUCACACAGGAGAGAAACCCUAUAAAUGCAAAGAAUGUGGUAAGAGAUGUGGUUCUCAAAUAGGUUUGCAAAUACAUGAAAGAAGUCACACUGGAGAAAAACCCUAUGAAUGUAAAGAAUGUGGGAAAGCAUUCAUUUAUCCCAAUUCUCUUUGAAUACAUGGAAGGAGCCACAGUGGAGAGAAACCCUAUCAAUGUAAAGAAGGUGGAAAAGCCUUUAAAUGUCCUGAAACUAUUCAAAUAUAUGAAAGAAUUCUUAGAGGAGAGAAACCCUAUGAAUGUAAAAUAUGUUCUAAAGUAUUGUGUACUCCCAGUUCUCUUCAAAAUCAUGAAAGAAUCCACACUGGAGAAAAACCCUAUGAGUGUAAGGAAUGUGGGAAAGCCUUCACAUGUCCCAAUUCUCUUAAAAUACAUGAAAGGACUCACACUGGAGAGAAACCAUAUCAAUGUAAAAAAUGUGGUAAAAGUUUUAGUUCUCAAAAAGGUUUCCAAAUGCAUGAAAGAACCCAUACUGGAGAAAAACCCUAUGAAUGUAAAAUAUGUGGGAAAACCUUCACUUCCCCUUAG